CUGGUUGCCCUCUCUGAAGAGAUAAACAAAGAAAAAGGAGAAGAUGGAGAAAGGAAAAGGGGUAAUGGGGUCGGGGCGAAGAUGGGCCGUCGAUUUCACCGAUAACUCCACCGCUCCUUCCUCUCGCGAUAUCCCUGAUCCUCCCGGUUUCACUCGUGCCUCUAUAGAUCAGGAUGAUUCUGCACUGAGUAAGCAAAAGAAGGAUGCCGAGGCUAAUUGGAAAUCCCAGAAAGCUUGGGAAGUGGCGCAAGCGCCUUUUAAGAAUUUGAUGAUGAUGGGAUUUAUGAUGUGGAUGGCUGGCAGUACAGUACAUCUCUUCAGCAUUGGCAUCACGUUCUCAGCUCUUUGGCAGCCUAUAAGUGCUUUGCAAGGGGUUGGAAAGGUUUUUGAGCCUUAUAAAGACAGUAAAGUUGAGCUUCUUGGGCCCAAGUUGCUCUUCAUUGCGCUUAAUUUGGGUGGUCUGGCACUUGGUGUUUGGAAGCUUAACACAUUGGGGCUUCUUCCAACACAUGCAUCAGACUGGGUUUCAUCAUUGCCCCCUGCUCAGGAAGUCGAGUAUUCAGGUGGAGGCAUUCCUCUGCACUGAGGCACUUCAUCUUGGUCACACCUAACUCACGGAAGCAUGUUAGACUUGCAAGUUGCAACCUAUUUUUGGUUGCUUGAAGUGUGUUGUUCGAAUAACGUGCCAUUGAUUCUCAUAUGUUUUACAAACCGUAGCUUUCAUCAUGUGAGAUGAUGAUAUACAAGGGCUUAUUGUACUUUCAUAAAACUUAGUUGAGUUGAUUAUCAUCCAAAUUUGCCUUCAAGGUUGCUACUUUAUACAACUUAGUUGAGCCGAUUAUCAUCCAAAUUUGUCUUCGAGGUUGCUACUUUCUCUAUUUUAGUUAACAAUUUUAGUUAUCCAGAUGUAAUCCUACUUUUAUGAAAACAAAAAGGUAUUUUGUAG